AUGAACGAUGCUAUUGCCUUCUCCAAGCCGCUCCGCGACUUUAAGCUCCGGUUUUCAUCAAUACAAAGAAUCCACAACAUCCGUCAAAAGAUAGAACAUGCGUCUUUGAUCCUCACUAACACUCUUCAGACAGUAACAACCAUUCAAGCUCACGAAGAGCUGAUGGGCGCUGACCUUCAAAUUGCAAAAUAUGCCCGGAAUGAAUUUAUCACCGAACUUAGUAAUAUAGAAAAUGACCUACGGAAUUUCCAGACCACCGUACAAAAGCUUCUCGCUCUCUCUAUGGAUGUUCGACUAAUUUAUGACAACAUUCUCAAAUUUAACCAGCAAGAGCAAGCACAAGAAACGAGUGUGAAGCUUGCUCAACUAGCUGAGGUGACUGUGAUCGAGGCCAGAAACAAUUCAUAUCUUGCAGACAGGGUGUACCAGGAUUCUCGAACCAUGCGAAUAGGGACCGUGAUCGCGAUUUUCUAUCUGCCCAUGAGUGUGGUUUUGCACUACAUUGGUCCAGUUCAGUUCCGAGGAUAG